CUCCAACAGUUGCCUCUCGCUCACAAACAGAAAGGGGAAGCCCCUAUCCCACGAGGGACAAGGUGUUGAUGUCGUCAUCGAAAAAACGGAAAGCCCCGGAUGCUUCUCCUCCCGCAAAUUCUUCCACCGGUCCGGCUGCUGCUGCUGCUGCGGCUGCCCCGGAUGCCGCUGCUGCUGCUGUGACGGAGAAGCCGUUGGUUCGGGCCACUCAGCAGGGACUGAAGGAGAUGCGGUACAGGAUCAGCACCGUGGUGGAUGAGACGACAAAGAAGAGCCUGGCUGGGAAGAAGAGCGGAAGCAGCGCCGACGCCGCCGUCGUCGCGCCAACACAAGGCGCGGCGACGACGGCCUACCUCAAGGCCUUCCAGGCGGCCGUCGCCGACAAGGUGCGGGACCUCUGCGAGGUGCAGGACGCCCGCGAGUCCCGGGAGGAGGACGAGCUCGUCGGGGAGAUCUUCCAGUUUAGCCAUGACCUCAGGGCCGCGAGGAGCAGGCUCUACGACACGCGCUCGCGCGUCUCGCGCCUGGCGGUAGACACCUGCAGGGACGCCCUGCGCGUCUCCAAGGCUGCCGACGACCGCGCCUGCGCCGUCCUGGAGGCCAGCACCGCGCACGCGCGCAGGGAGAGCGAGACGGGCGGGCCUCUGCCGCUCCGGAUCGACGAUGCCGCCAGCAACGGCGGUGGCGGUAGCGAUGACGAUGAUCUCGAGAACGGCGGCAGCCGCAGCGGGGGUGGUAUCUUCCAGGGCCUGGAGACAGGGGUCGUGGAGCCCAAGGUCUCGGCCCUUAUCGGGAAGUUGGCGGAGCUGCCCGGGCCGCUCAAGUCCGUCCUGCAGGAGAUCCCCGAGCUGACGGCCUCGCUCGCCGUCUCGGUCCAGGAGGCGGAGGCCGCCAUCAAGGCAGGGCAGAGCAGAACGGAGGCGCUGCUGGGCAAGGCGCCGCCGACGCCGCUGUCCAGCAAGAAGGGGAAGGGGGCGGCGGGGCCGGGGGCCGCGGGGGCGAACGUGGUAGAGGACGAGCGAUACCCGCCGGAGGACGCACGGGCGGCGGCGAGGGAGGCAAGGGUCCAGCAAGCGCGGAAGGAGUGGGAGGCGAUCGGAGUCGGGGUGGUGGGCGGUAUCUUCAACUAACCGGUCGGUUGGUUGGUUGGAAGAACGAAAAGGGGGAGGGAGAACGCUUGCGAUGGUUUUCCUGAACAGCUGGGCUUCUUUUGGGACGGGAGCAGACUGCUGCUUCUAUCGGAGGGUCGGCACGCCGGCCCUCUCUUACGCACGGUCGGUGUCGUAGCGCUGUUUUUGUGUUUGUUGUUGUGUCGUCAGUAGAUGCUCGAGCUCUUCCAACUGCUGCCCUCCAAUAAAUGGACAGGUUGGUUGACUCCAGCUAUCUUGCGCUCGGGUGAAGUUUGCUUCUUGUCAGAGUCGCCCGGUGUUCUCACAGCUGCUCGCAUUAUCGUUUCCUCUGCACGGAACUGAAGUGUUUUGGCCUGUGCACGGCAUUUGCGGGCAGGGUGCGCGCAUAGUUGUUGCUGCGACGUUGAUCCUCCUGUUGCACUCUUCGAUAUGUCGUAUGUCGGCUCUUUCGUCCUAGUGAUCGUUCAAGUAGUGGCCUCAGCUUGAGACUUGGAGCGUUGAGAGCGUAUCUGACAUCCUGGCACUGGCUUUGAACGGACAUGUUUGCUUUCUUGCCCUUAUUCGUGGCGUAAUGUGUUCUUACACUUGGGACGUGAUUUGCGAUGUAUUUUUCUCGGCAUUUUCUUUUGUUGGCCUGCCCUAAAUGACAUGGAUUGUGCUCGUCACGAAACAAGUAUUACCAAGGCGGCUGUUUUUCGUAACGUGUGCCCACCCGCAUCAUCUGGUGUAUUAAUAUCCAACCGGUCCGUCUAAUGGUCAACAACGUGUGAGACCGGGCGGGUUUUGACUCUGGUGAUGCUACAGUACUGGAGGCGGAGUACGAAGGCAGAGUAGCGUAAGAAGAGUUCCUUUGUACCAACCGUGUCUUCCGAAGCGUUGUGUGUUGAAAAAGGCUAGAGGAGUCCACCUGUAUGUCUUGUUGAAAUGAAGAGCCCACCGAAAGUUGACUUCGUUUCCCGUUAGUCGCUCCACUCGACGUUAGGACUCUGUUGAUCCCAUCAAGUUGACACGCAGACGUUGUUGGUCCUGCCGGCGUUUUUCUUUCGCCUUUGAAGGCACUUAUAUUCCUGUUGGUUCGAAGGUCGAGACAUGGCGUAUUUGCGUUCGAGAGAGUAAUGAUCGAGCUCCGUUUUGAACGCACGAAAUGUGCGCGCGGGGGGUUGUUGUUGCUGUCUGGAGAUCGUCUAUCGGGUGUACCUGGUUUUGAUUUGCGAUGGACGUGUGGUCUUGGUGUGUUGAUGUGCACCGCACCGGCGAAACCUUGUCGCGGCGUUAGCUGGUUCUGGCGCCUUGCCCGAAUACGGCAAACUUUUUUGUUUUUGUUUUUGGAAUGCAGGACUGCUGCCUGUAGCUAUUGUUUGCGGUAGAUUCGGAACGAGACGGAUAGGGCGUUGUAUGAUAGACCUUCUGGUUAUUUUCGGUCUGAUUUUUUCCUUGUUUUUCUUUUUUUUUCGUCGGGGAUUGGCUUCGUUGGUUGGUCAACGCGCGACUGCUGUGUCCUUGUACAUGGACAGGACCACCGCUGUAUGGAAAGCACGGUCAAGAUGUGCGACCUCUAU